AUGUAUAAUAGAAUUCUAUCAAACAGGGAGACGUGCGAUAGAGAAUGGCUAGUGUAUUCGAAAGAGCUUGAUAAAGUCUUUUGUUUUUGUUGUAAACUUUUUAGACAAGGGUAUAAGAAAGGCGGGUUGGAUAAUGAAGGUUAUUCGGAUUGGAAGCAUGCUUCUCAAGGUCUUAAAGACCAUGAAGUUAGCUUUGAACAUCUCAAGCAUAUGCAUCAAUGGUUUGAAAGGCGUCAAAGGUUGGAUUGCAAUGAAACAAUCGACAAAGAAGCAUAUGAGCAUUUCAAAAAGGAAAAAGAUUAUUGGAAAGAAGUGAUUUUUAGGAUUAUUGCUCUUGUGAAAUUUCUUGCUAAACAUGGCUUAGCUUUUUGUGGGUCAAAUGAGAAGUUGUAUCAAAAAAGAAAUGGAAACUUUUUGGGAUUGGUUGAGAUGUUGGAAGAGUUUGAUCCGAUUAUGAAAGAACACGUGCGGUGUAUUUUGAAUGAUGAACUCCAUAUACAUUAUCUUGGGCACAAUAUCCAAAACGAGUUGAUACAAUUAUUAGCUGGUCAAGUUAAAAUAGAAAUCAUCAAAAGGAUAAAACAAGCAAAGUAUUACUCCAUCAUACUCGAUUGCACACCUGAUAUAAGUCACCAAGAGCAGAUGUUCAUAAUUGUGAGGUAUGUGAAUUUUAACUCUAGUUCUGUGACAGUUGAAGAAUCGUUUUUAGGUUUUUUGGUUGUUGAGGAUACCACAGGUAAGGGACUUUUUGAUGUUACAUCUAAGGAAUUAGAGUCUCUAGGUCUUGAUAUUUUUGAUGUGCGCGGUCAAGGCUAUGAUAAUGGGGCGAACAAGAAAGGAAAACGUAAUGGAGUUCAAAGUAGAUUUUUAGAAAAAAAUCCUAGAGCUUUGUAUAGUGCUUGUGGUUGUCAUAGUCUUAAUCUUGUGUUGUGGCAAAUUUUGAAAGACAAUGUUAAAGGAUUGACUGUUAAAUCAUUAUUUGUCACUCGUUGGGAAAGUCGUGUAGAUAGUAUUAAGCCUAUUAGAACUCAACUUGUAGAAGUAAGAAAAGCUUUGAAAGAAGUUAGUGACUCGGAUAAAGAUCCUAAAAUUCAAAGCGAAGCUAGAUCACUUGAAAAGCAUGAGGUUGGUGACUAUGAAUUUUUGACACUUGAUGAACAAGAUCUUAAGGCUCGUUGUUAUCGUCUUCAAGAUGCAUUAAAAUAUAAAGAAGAAUCGGACGUUGAUGCUAAAGAACUUUAUUUGGAGUUGAAGUUGAUUAGGACCUUUUUACCGAGUCACAUUGUUAGCCCUAUUGAUGCUUUAAACGAUAUCAUGCGGCUCGGUCAUUGUCCUAAUGCUAUAAAUGCAUAUCAUGUGCUUCUGACACUUUCGGUAACGGUGGCAUCGGCAGAGAGAAGCUUUUCUAAAUUGAAGUUGUUGAAGUCUUAUUUGCGAUCGUCAAUGUCCCAAGAAAGACUUAAUGGAUUGGCGAUGAUAUCUAAUAGCAUAACGUAA